GAGAGUGUGUGAGAGAGCGGAGAGAGAGUGAAAGUGUUUGACAGCAGAAUAAAUGGAAAAUACGUUUUGUUUGUUAUGAGAAAUAUAUGACUGAAUUUGUUGGACAAAACCGGUCCUCAAAUACCACACAAAACGCAUUCCUCUAAGCAUUGAAUUGGCGUUGAAUUGCAUUUUCACCACUAAUUGUCUCACAUUUGGCUCCAGUUGUCUGUCAUUGCGUUAACACAUGUCUCACAUCUAAUCGGUGUGUUUGUGGUGACCAUCGGAUCCAUUGUCUGUCUCUAAACCACAAGCGUUACAAUACAUACAACACAUUGUUGUUAGUCAUGGAUUCAAUUGAGACAAAACUCAAGCGACUGAUGAAUGGCGAGACCAUCGACGAAGACAUCGACGGCGCCAUCGAUUGCGACUAUAGUCUCGACCAUCAGAUCAAAGAAUUGGCUGCGAAAGGAGUGGAAAGUCAUUUGGCGGCCGACUUUCGGCCAUUGGUUGGACAGACCGUGACUUACAUCGCGGCCGCCGUUGUGUUCAACGAGAAGAAUGAGGUGCUUAUGAUGCAGGAGGCGAAGAGUUCGUGUGCGGGUCAGUGGUAUCUGCCGGCCGGUCGGGUCGACCCCAACGAGCAGAUCAGUGACGCCGUGAAGAGGGAAGUGCUCGAAGAGACGGGCCUUCUGUUCGAGCCGUCGACACUCAUUAUGGUUGAGAGCUCUCAAGGAAAUUGGUUUCGCUUCACAUUCGUGGGCCGUAUAGUCGGCGGUCAGCUCAAGACAGUGGCGCAGGCGGACAGCGAAUCACUGCAGGCCUGUUGGGUGUCAGACAUCAGUUCACUGAGUCUCAGAUCAGCCGAUUGUUUGCGUUUAAUUGAUUUCGGCAAACAAUAUCACGACAACUGCACGGUUUGGCACAAAUCGCAGUUCACUUCCAUUCGACCCCACAAUCAGAUGCUCUUAAGACUUGUCUGUGCCAUAAGACGAAAGGACAACAAUCGAUUCCAUGUGUUGGUGUCGGAGCGGCCGUCACCUCAUCUACCAGUCUGUGAGAUGAAUCCGUCGCGCAGUCUUCACGCGGCGCUCAAACGCUUUAUGCAGAAAAUCUUCAAUGCGGACAAACUGCCAGAGCACCGGCCGUUCGGACUGUUGACUGUGGAGCACAACGGCAUACCCGGCAAAGAGCACGACGGCCUCUGUUUGACAGUAUUGGUCGUAUGCAAAGUGCCAUUAGAAGAGGCGGUUCCCACCACUGACUACACAUGGCUUCAGGUGGAGCCCGAACUGGAAGGCCUCCUAAUGAGCAAACUCUCAAAAUUCAAAACUUUGUGUCUAAAUGUAAAAUGAAUUCAAUUGAUAGACAUUGCAUUCCAACGGUAUUACCGUUUAAAAGCACUUAUUCUUUAUAGAAAACAAAC